GAUCUCCCGUGAAAGUUUUUAUAUUAUUACCGAUAACUUUUAUUUUUUGUUGUGUUCCUCUCUAAGGGAUAAUAAUUAUGAAAGAAGAAGAGGAAAGAAAAGAAACAAUGGAGGAGGAGAAACUGACGAAGAAGAAGAAGAAUGACGGAGGGAAUCAGAAAGUGUCGUAUUUCAAACUGUUUUCGUUUGCCGACAAAACCGACCUUGUCUUGAUGGCCGUCGGGACUAUCGCCGCCAUGUGUAAUGGCCUUACUCAGCCGUUCAUGACUCUUAUCUUCGGCCAGCUCAUUAAUGCCUUUGGUACCACCGAUCCAGAUCAUAUGGUUAGAGAAGUGUGGAAGGUUGCUGUAAAGUUUCUUUACCUUGCAGUAUACUCUUGUAUCGUCGCCUUCCUCCAGGUCUCAUGUUGGAUGGUUACUGGAGAACGUCAAUCCGCCACAAUUCGUGGUCUUUACCUGAAAACGAUAUUAAGACAAGAUAUUGGAUACUUCGAUACGGAGACAAACACAGGAGAGGUCAUUGGAAGAAUGUCUGGAGACACAAUUUUGAUUCAAGACGCCAUGGGAGAAAAGGUUGGGAAAUUCAUACAACUAGGAACAACAUUCCUUGGAGGAUUCGCGAUUGCAUUUUAUAAAGGACCGCUUUUGACGUUGGUUCUUUUGAGUUGUAUCCCUCUGAUUGUGAUGGCAGGUGCAGCCAUGUCUCUGAUCAUGUCUAAAAUGGCUGGUCGUGGUCAAGUCGCUUACGCAGAGGCUGGAAAUGUAGUUGAACAAACCGUUGGAGCCAUUAGAACAGUAGUGGCCUUUACCGGAGAGAAACAAGCAACGGAAAAAUAUGAACGCAAGCUCGAAACUGCUUACAAGACUAUGGUUCAACAGGGUUUAAUCUCUGGUCUAGGCCUUGGUACAAUGCUAGGCGUGAUCUUUUGCACCUACGGUUUAGCGGUUUGGUAUGGUGCAAAGCUAAUAAUGGAGAAAGGUUACAAUGGCGGACAAGUCAUCAAUAUAAUUUUCGCGGUCUUGACUGGAGGAAUGUCGUUAGGGCAAACAUCACCGUGUAUGAAUGCUUUCGCCGCAGGAAGAGCCGCAGCUUUCAAAAUGUUUGAAACGAUCAAGAGGAGUCCAAAGAUUGAUGCUUAUGAUAUGAGCGGUUCUGUUCUUGAGGAUAUUAGAGGAGACAUUGAGCUUAAAGAUGUUUACUUUAGGUAUCCGGCUAGGCCUGAUGUUCAAAUCUUUGCUGGAUUCUCACUCUUUGUACAAAAUGGCACGACGGUGGCUCUAGUGGGACAGAGUGGAAGCGGGAAAUCGACAGUUAUCAGUCUAAUAGAGAGGUUCUAUGAUCCAGAAUCAGGACAAGUUUUGAUAGACGACGUUGAUUUGAAGAAGCUUCAGCUCAAAUGGAUAAGAAGCAAAAUCGGUUUGGUUAGCCAAGAACCUGUGUUGUUUGCAACAACAAUAAGGGAGAACAUAGCUUAUGGGAAAGAAGAUGCGACUGAUCAAGAGAUUCGAACUGCGAUUGAGCUCGCUAACGCAGCUAAAUUCAUUGACAAACUCCCACAGGGUUUGGAUACAAUGGUAGGAGAGCACGGGACACAAAUGUCUGGCGGACAAAAACAGAGGCUAGCUAUCGCUAGGGCAAUUUUGAAAAACCCUAAAAUCUUGCUUUUAGAUGAAGCAACAAGUGCGUUGGAUGCAGAAUCCGAACGUAUUGUUCAAGACGCGCUUGUGAACUUAAUGUCAAAUCGGACUACCGUUGUGGUCGCUCACCGGUUGACCACGAUAAGAACCGCCAACGUAAUAGCCGUUGUUCACCAAGGAAAAAUUGUGGAGAAAGGGACUCACGAUGAAAUGAUUCAAGAUCCAGAGGGAGCUUAUUCACAGCUUGUUCGUCUUCAAGAAGGAUCAAAAGAAGAAGCUAACGAAACAGAGAGACCUGAAAUGAGCUUAGAAGUGGAGAGAUCAGGAAGUCGUAGGUUAUCAUCGGCGAUGAGAAGAUCCGUUAGUCGGAAUUCAUCAAGCAGCCGCCAUUCUUUCUCUAUGACUUCCAAUUUCUUCAUACCAGGAGUUGGAGUUAACCAGACUGAAGAUAUCCAAGACGACGAGGAAAAACCCGUGAGGCACAAGAAAGUGUCAUUAAAGCGGCUUGCUCGCCUCAACAGACCGGAACUCCCGGUUUUAUUGCUCGGGUCAGUUGCCGCAAUGAUUCAUGGAACGUUGUUUCCUAUUUUCGGUUUACUGCUUUCGAGCUCCAUCAAUAUGUUCUAUGAAUCAGCAACGAUACUGAAGAAAGAUGCACGUUUUUGGGCUCUGAUUUAUGUCGCUCUCGGUUUAGCCAAUUUCAUCAUGAUCCCGAUCCAAAACUAUUUCUUCGGUGUCGCUGGAGGAAAGCUGAUUAAACGCAUCCGAUCAAUGUCAUUUGAUAAAGUGGUUCAUCAAGAAAUCAGUUGGUUCGAUGACACAUCAAAUUCCAGUGGUGCGAUUGGAGCGAGGUUGUCCACGGAUGCUUCAACAGUGAGGAGUUUGGUAGGAGAUGCAUUGGCGUUAAUAGUACAGAACAUAGCUACUGUAACCACUGGGUUGAUAAUAGCGUUUACAGCGAAUUGGAUGCUAGCUCUCAUAGUUCUUGCUCUCUCACCAUUUAUUGUCAUCCAAGGAUAUGCUCAAACCAAGUUCCUGACUGGUUUCAGCGCAGAUGCUAAGGCGAAGUAUGAAGAAGCGAGUCAAGUGGCGAAUGAUGCAGUGAGUAGCAUAAGAACGGUUGCAUCUUUCUGCGCAGAGGGCAAAGUGAUGGAUUUAUAUCAGCAAAAAUGCGAAGGACCGAAGAAGAACGGUGUCCGGUUAGGUCUUCUGAGCGGUGCGGGUUUUGGUUUCUCUUUCUUUUUCCUCUAUUGUAUCAAUUGUGUAUGUUUCGUCAGUGGUGCGGGGUUGAUUCAAAUAGGUAAAGCCACAUUUGGUGAAGUCUUCAAGGUUUUCUUUGCAUUGACGAUCAUGGCGAUAGGAGUUUCUCAAACGAGUGCUAUGGCACCUGAUUCAAGCAAAGCUAAAGACUCUGCAGCUUCGAUUUUUGAUAUCCUCGAUAGUAAACCGAAGAUUGAUUCGAGCUCUGAUGAAGGUACAACGUUACAAAACGUUCAUGGAGAUAUCGAAUUCAAACAUGUUAGUUUCCGGUACCCGAUGCGACCGGACGUUCAGAUUUUCCGUGAUUUGUGCUUGAGCAUCCCUUCCGGAAAGACCGUUGCACUUGUUGGAGAGAGCGGGAGCGGGAAAUCGACAGUGAUAAGCAUGAUCGAGAGGUUUUAUAAUCCGGAUUCAGGCAAGAUUUUGAUCGACCAAGUGGAGAUUCAGACAUUUAAAUUGAGUUGGUUAAGGCAACAGAUGGGUUUGGUUAGUCAAGAACCGAUUUUGUUCAACGAGACGAUCAAAUCAAACAUAGCUUAUGGCAAAACCGGUGGAGCCACAGAGGAAGAGAUUAUAUCAGCUGCAAAAGCCGCAAACGCACAUAACUUCAUCAGCUCGUUGCCUCAGGGAUACGAUACGUCCGUUGGAGAACGUGGAGUUCAGCUAUCAGGCGGUCAGAAACAGAGGAUUGCGAUUGCUCGUGCCAUUUUAAAAGAUCCUAAGAUUUUGUUGCUUGAUGAAGCGACGAGUGCGUUGGAUGCAGAAUCUGAGCGGGUGGUUCAGGAUGCGCUUGAUAGGGUUAUGGUGAACCGAACCACUGUAGUUGUGGCUCAUCGGCUCACGACGAUCAAGAACGCAGACGUGAUUGCUGUUGUGAAAAAUGGCGUUAUUGCUGAGAAGGGAAGGCAUGAGACACUGAUGAAGAUUUCAGGUGGUGCUUAUGCUUCUCUUGUCACUCUGCACAUGACUGCAAAUUAACAGACUUUUGUUUUUGGUCAUAGCGCAAAGAGAGAAUUUUUAAAAGAUUUUAUUCGUUAAUUUUGUUCUGUUAAACUCAUAAAUUUGAGACAAACAGAUCCUUUUACUCGAGCUUAAAAGGCUUUGUACCAGACUGGGUUUCAAAUGUUAGAAAACUUUUGAAAUUGGGGUAAAAAUAGCAAGU